CAGCUUACCAGUCCAAACUGAAAGCGGGGCACAUUUUUCUGAAGAAAACGGUGCGUUGGCUUAAGGCUUAAACCUCGUAAACCCUUCCCAUGGCCGCCCUGAAGCUCCUCCUCUCCUCCGCUCGCCGUCACUGCCUCUCAAACCCUCACUCCCGUCUCCACCCACCUCCAUUUCUAAGCUGCCACAGAUCCCUAAGCUCCGAAUCCGACCCAAACCCGAAUCAGAACCCUCCGCAGCCUCCUAGACGCCAACCCGUGCCGGUCGAACCCGUUUCAUACACUCUCAAACCCAAAGAGCAGUCCCUACCCGAUCCAGAUGCGACUCCCCAAGCAACAUCACCGCCGCCUCCACAAAGCCCCGGUGACUCGCCCAACUCAUCGAGUCAGGACACUCGCGCCACCUGGACCCGUGAAGAGGCGCGUUUCAUCAGGGACGUUCCAUCUAUAUCUCCGGUAUCGUACCCGGUGAAAGUUGCUCCCUUACCGGAAGAUAGGGUCGCGGAGGAGAGCGGAGGUGGCGAAGGCGGAGCUGAAAAGGAUGUGGAUGGCGUGAAGGACUUGGAGAGAGGGAAGAGAAGGAUCGAGGCCGAUGGUCGGAUGAGGAGGAGGCUUUUUAGGGUUCCUGAGGAGGAGGUGGUGGUUCCUUUUCCCGCGUUGAUUAAGGUUGAGAAGAAGGAGAGCAAAUCUAUUCUCGAGGUCAUGGACGCAAUUCGCCAAGUCAAGGCUAAUGCCCAGUGCAAAUUUGAUGAAACUGUUGAAGCUCAUGUACAAUUGGGUAUUGAUGCGAAGCGAAAUGCGGUUCGUGGUAACAUGACUUUGCCGCAUGGUAGUGGGAAGGUUGUCAGGGUUGCUUUCUUUGCUGAAGGCUCAGAUGCAGAAGAAGCUAGAGCUGCAGGAGCAGAUAUUGUUGGCGGUGUUGAACUGGUUGAGGAAAUUGCAAGCAGUCAUAAGCUCAAUGUUGACAAGUGUUUUGCUACAAAUGAAAUGAUUAUGCGCCUGGCAAAGAUUGCAAGAAUUCUUAGAGAGCGUGGUUUGAUGCCUGACCGUAAACUAGGUACUGUCACCAAUGACAUUACUGGAGCACUGCAGAAGGUAAGACAAGGUCAUAUUGAGUAUAGAAUGGACAGAACAUCAAUUGUACAUGUGGGUCUUGGAAAGGUGAGCUUCACAGAGGAGUAUCUGCAAGAGAACAUUGGUGCAUUUAUGAGUUCUCUUUUGCUGGCAAAGCCUACAGGUUUAAAAAAGUCUUCCAAAUAUGCGGGGUAUAUUAACUCGUUCCAUAUAAGUAGCACGAUGGGUCCAGGAUUCCCGGUUUCAAUACAGUCAUUGUCCAAAGCUGCAGAUCACUACAAUAAAGUGCACCUCAAGGCUUAAGUGACGUGAUUUGUUAACAUUUCCAACCAAGCUCAAAGGUUCAGCAUUUACUCUGUUAAUCUUUUACUCUUUUAGGUAGCGACGGCUCUCCUUGUCUCUCUCGGAGCGGGAUGUUGAUUGACGGGUUUCCGUGGCUUAAUAUCACAUCAUCACGAUCUUCGUGUUUCUCUGCAAUGUUUUUUUAUUUUUUUUGAAUUUUUCUCUUCGUUAUUUAUUUGUAUAAAUUUUACCGUGGCAAUCUUCUAAAAUAGAUGUUCCAUGAUUUUGAUGUGCGGCACAUUAUCGCAACUUCUCGAUUUGGACGAGGAUGUUCAGCAUACUCCUCUGUGUAAAUGCAAUAAUGUUCUGUGACUAUAUGGAAAACGUGGAGGCGAGACGGGUCCUCAUUCGUCA